UGACAGAAGCUGAACGAUGAACAUGGAACACAUUUACGCCAACAUUGAAAACAAGUCACCAAACUUCGACAAGGGCGUGGAAGCAGAACUGCAGAGCAAAGGAAACCUGGGAGUUCUGGAAUCGGUGGAGAAAUCCGAAAGAGACAGCUCUCCGUACAAGAUCCUGGCCCUCAUCUGCUCGGGUCUGAGCUGUGUGCUCCUGAUAACCACUGUCAUCUUCAGUUCUUAUUAUUUCCUCAGGCAAACCACAACUACCCAAGUUCUACCCCAAAACACCUCCCUUGUGUACACAAAUUAUUCAUCUUCAAACUGGAGCUCUUCUGCUUUUAAACAAGAACUGCCGACGAUAGUGGAGGACAUUCAAAACAGCUGUUUUAACCUACAAGACAAUUUAACUGAUGUUCAUGAAGAAGCUAAACGCUGCAGCGACACCAUAAAGAGACACAACCUGGUCCCACUGUGCAACAGCAACUACGUGAUUGCCUGCUCUGUUCUUACGAAAAUAUCAAAAAGAGAAAGAAGAAUACCUACAACAGUGUGGAAAUGGAUUCAAAAUGCAUCAGCUGAUGUAGUCCUGGACCCUGAUACAGCCCACGUCAGCCUGAACAUCUCCAAUGAUGGGAAAUGUGCAGUCUUGUCUGAUGUUCCUCAGUCCUCUGCAUCGACAAGAUUUACUGUCAAUGUGGGUGUUUUGGGUAAAGUGGGAUUCAUCUCAGGGAGGCACUACUGGGAGGUGGAUGUGAGGGAUAAUCUGAACUGGGGUGUGGGCAUCUUCAGGGGAUCUGCUCCUAGAAAUACAUACCUUAGACCUGAGAACGGGGCCUGGGCAGUGGAGCGGUGGAGUAAAACCAAGUUUAGUUUCAUUACCGAACCCCGAACACUAUUAUCUCAGGAUCUGCUUCCACAGAGAGUGGGGGUCUAUGUAGACUGUGAGGAAGGGCAGCUGUCAUUUUACAAAGUGGAGACUCAAAAUCUCAUUUACACAGCUAAUGUACAUUUCACAGAAAAAUACUACCCAUUGUUCUACACAGAAAGCAAAAUGAACAUUUCCCUUGUUCCUGUUCUUGAGUCUGAGUAUUAA